AUGCGCCCGCUCCUGUUGCGCCGCAACCGCCUGUGGCGUCGCCACUUGUCCAAGCUGCCGCCGGCGUCCCUGCGCCGGGGACAGCGGUGGGCGCCUCCCACGACCCCGCGCACCAGGUCGCACUUGCGUCUGCACCGGUACAGCCCGUCGCGCAGCCGCACGCGGAGUCCCACAGUCGUGGUGUUGCUGGGGGCAGUACGGCGGCGCAUCGGGGGCGUGGUUCUCCUCGGCGUCGCCCCUCCCCAUUGUACCGGAAUGCGCAUCGCGGUGGCCGCGGUGGCUGGUGGGGAGGUCACGGUCGCGGACGCCCAGCUGUUGGCCGUGCACCACCACCCGCAUCUCGUCCGGUCGCCGCCCCUCCGUAUCCGCCUCUUCCAUGGAUUCCCCCCAUUCCGGACACGUGAUUUGUGGGAGCGGGAGGCGGAGAGGCGAGGGGGCCCUUCCGCCCUCUGCGUCGCGUUGAUGAAGGUCCGACUGCGCCCCCUCCGCCAGCUCUUCCCGUUCCCGUUGCGGCGAGGCUGA